GAGAGCGUCGUUACCACAGCAACAAGCGCCAUAUUGGAUGAAUUUUGAAAUUUGUAAAAAAAAUUAUAUCCAGGCCUAUUCUUAGGUUUGAUCAACUUUGCAUAUAUACGUUUUUGAAUUUUUAGGGGAUCAUGAGUCGUCUCUAUGAUACAGUGGAGCCAUCUGUAGUUGAUGAAGAAAUGCUCCAAAAAGCUGUUGAAGAGCAAGGUCCUAAAGAUGAAGCAGGUCGCCUUGCCAAGGCAGAAGGCAUCGAUUUCGCAGAGGUUACACAAUUACGUCUUGAUUUUAAAAAUAUCCUAAAGAUUGACAACAUGUGGUGUUUUACCUGUCUGACAAAGCUCCAACUGGACAAUAACAUAAUAGAGAGGAUAGAAGGUCUUGAUGUCUUGGUGAACCUAACCUGGUUAGAUCUGUCUUUCAAUAACAUAGAGGUGAUAGAAGGACUUGAUAAACUUACAAAACUGACAGAUCUGACACUCUACAACAACAGAAUAGCUCGCAUAGAGAACAUGGAUUCCCUAGUAGAUCUCCAUGUACUCUCCAUCGGCAAUAAUGACCUAAAAGAUCUUGAAAAUCUAACGUAUCUGAGAAGGUUUAAAAAUUGUAAGACAUUAAACUUGAAUGGCAACCCCUUCUGUGAGCUUGAGGAUUACAAAGUGUUUGUCCUGGCCUACCUACCCCACAUAGACUACCUGGACUACAGGCUUGUGGAUGAGGCAUCUAAACACUCUGCAUAUGAGAAAUAUCAGAUUUCCAUAGAAGAGAUGCUUCAUGAUGAAAGGGCAGCACAGAGGAAACUGGAUGAACAACUUGCAAAGGAAAAAGAAUUUGAAACACACAAAAAAGCUUAUGUUGAAAAGCUGAAUGGUCCAUACAUGUUUGACAGCAUGUACCAAGAUGACAUUGAGGGCAAUAAACUCUCAGCUAUGCCUGGUGUGGAUGAACUGCUUGUGGUCUAUAGGGAAAGCUUCUCUAAAAUAUGUCAACAAAUAUUUGAAUUCGGCCUUAUUGAGCAUGAAAAGCGGGUGGGAGAAAUUGAUGAAUUUUGGAAAGCAAUAAAUGAAGCCAAAACUGAAAAUAAAAAUAUGGGCAUGGUGAAAGUGAAUGACUUCAUAGAUUACAAGAAAAAGCUAUUCCUAGAUCUGUUACAACUGGGAGAGCAAGGUCAGUCCAUAGCUGAACAGAGGUUUGCAGAGUAUAAUGAUAAAGUGGCCAUUCUCCAAGACGCCCUCAUGGGCUAUGAGAUGCAACUAGUUGACCAACUGGAGGAAACUGUGAAAGACUUUGAGCGCAAUAUGGCUGAUAUGGUGAGUGGGUUCUUGGAGAAUGUCCAGGCAUUAAUCUCCCAGUGCAGGGACCUGGAGAACAUGCAUCAUGAGAGGAUGAUGGAGAUUGCAAUCAUUACACUAGAGAAAGUCUUGAAGAAUGAACUUGAUGAUGACAUUCCUGAUGAACUGAGAGAGUUGUGUGUAGACAAAGAUACAAUUGUGAAUGCCGUCCAAACAUCACAUGACUUACAUUUGUUGAAAAUAGACAAUCGUGAAGAUGAUAUAGUUACUCGCAUCAACCAGUUCAUGAGUAACAUGAUUCGUGAUGUACAUGACAAUGAGGAAGUGAAGCGUAAUAGGCAACGUGUAUCAGAAAUUAAUAAUCUUAUUGACCAUCUCAGAGAUGAAAUUGACAAUUUGGACCUGCAGGGAUUAAACUAUUAAACUUAUUAUUUAUGAAAAUUGUAGAUACUGUAAUAUAUAUAUUUUUUAUAAAUGACAUUGCAUAAUUUGGGUUGACAUUUUAAAUACUCUGCCAUUUUCCAUUUUCAUCAGACUGAGUUUCAUCAGACUUAUUUUUGGUGAGACUGUUUGCAGCUCAUUCAUGUAUACUGGUAUAUGUGCUGAAUAACUCUGAUGGUUAUCUGAGAUAUAGUGAUCAACUAAAUUCCCCAUCUUACACUAUAUGUGUUAUACACGUUAUGAAAUAUGAGACAAUAUGACCCGCCAAAACAGGAAUUCAAUAAUGCAGACCAAACCACAAUUACAGAUUUACUAAGAAACAACUACACACCAAGCAACACUUGCAAUACACAACUUACACAAUUACAAUAGAAUCCACAAACACAAAAAUUCACAGACUACUGCGGCUCUAGUUUCUGGAGAGGCUUGAAUUCGAGAAGAACACUUGGAAACAAUGGAAAAUGAAUGAGCAUUUUCCAGAGAAUCAUUCUUUUUCCAGAAAUUGAAUAGAGAAAUUCUGAAAAUUGAGUGAUCAAAUAACAUAUUUUCUGAUAUACAAAAAAAAAAUGAAUUGGCAUUAAUGCCAUUAAUUUAUAUAAGUAAGUGUCAAUAAUACAUUUGCGCUUAUUGUAGAAAAUAGUUUGUCUAUUUAUUAUUUGGUGAGUGAUUUGUGUCCAAAUAAGUAAAGAUCUGUUUUGUGCAUUUUGAAUCUUAAAAGGUUCGUUCAGAUUGGGUUUCUUGAAAGUCCAUGUUUUCCAGUAAUUGAUUCAAUUUCUCUAUUUGGUACUAAUAAGUAUAAGGAUUUGUUCAGUUUUUAGUAGGGAGUUGAACAACAAAAGCUCCUCAUCCACAGUUCAAAUUGUGAUGAGAUCGGCGCCACUUAUCACAGAUCACAUUCUUAAAUUACAAUUAAAGUUUAUUUGUGGACAACGGACGUGGUGAUUCUCUUUAAUCAUAAAACGAUAUAUACGUGAAUAUAUAGACAUUAGUCAACAUACUCAUUUGUGUUUUAUUUACCUUCAAAAUAAUCUUAUACAUCAUCCAUCCAACGUUUUAAGCCUUUUAUGUCUGGAGUGCAAAUUAAAUUAUCCCACUUAUAGAGAAAAAGUUCUCCGUCCUUUCGUUCGUUUGUUCGUGUGACCGGGCGAUGAUCUAAAUUCCAGUUGACGGAUUUGAUUCAAAUGUCACAACCUUAUGCCUUUUAGGGCAUCUGCUUGAGAAGGAAUUUUCAAUAUGGCCGCCCAAUCAAAAAUGGCCACCAUUUUUCAUAAAAAUGUAAUUUUCGAUAAAGUAAAUGCCACAGUU